GCCGAGAACAUUUAGUGGCUGUUACACUUCAGAAGCAGCUAGUAUGCUAGAUUAGCUGGAGCAAACCUCUCUACCGUACGAUUGAUUUGUCGCUGCCACCGCUUGUUUUACUUCAACAAAUAGCGCUCAGUGAUGGACGACACGGAACAGACCAAAGACGGCACGGACCGCGUCGACCUGGUCUCUGAGGACGGUAAGAACAGCAAGUCGGUGCUAUGUCAGCGCUGCGGAUCGAAAGUGCUGUGCCCGGGGAUGGCUGUGUUUGCAGAGAAAGAGCUGUUCCUCCCCUCGAUGCGGAAAAAGAGUGGCCUCAGUACCACAGAGGCCUCAGUGGAUGGGGACACUCUCACCACCCACUGGUUAGUGGACGACAUGUACACUUUUGAGAACGUGGGCUUCACUAACGACGUGGGGAGAAUUAAGUAUCUCAUCUGUGCGGAUUGUGAGAUUGGACCAAUCGGCUGGCACUGUUUGGAUGACAAGAAAAGUUACUACGUCGCUGUGGAAAGGGUGAAUCAUGCGUAGUGUAAAUGCGGAUAUGAUCCCUGAAGAACUUUUUGUUGUUUUUAAAUGUGUUGGCAGGCUAUGCAACUUUUCGUGGAUUUACACUCUGAGUUGACUCCGAGCAACGUAACACAUCACACACACUCACACAGCGACAACAAUGUGACCAUUCUGCUCUAAUAAAAUCAUUUUUUGGAUGGUG